UUUCGCAUGAAUACAGUAUACUGUUCGCGUUGACGCUUUUGUGAGUCGUUUCAUUAAGGCAUUAUAUUUAGUAAACAAUAUACGUUGACAUACAUUUCCACUUCUUAUGGUCUUGGAGAUAUUAAUUACAAAAUACUUAAUAAACGCUUUUCUGGUGGCAACAAAAGCACUGAAGUGCAGUCAGUAAGUGCCUGUAGAAUGUAAUACUCUGAUUGAUUUUUGUAUGUCACACGGUAAACAGGCUCUAAGUCUUUCGAUGCUCUGUGAUCAAACGUCUCAGCAAAUCAACAUCAAGAUUCGUACUCGAAACUUGUCUGAUAUUCAUCAUUCAAUCUUGCUGAUAAAUAAAACUUCGCCAAGUUUAGAAAUGACGAGAUUACGGCUUAGCUCAAAAACAUCUAGUACGGUUUUUGCAGAUGAAUUGAUCAAUUUCGCUUCACUGUCAAAAGUCAGUGAGAAACUGUAGCUUAAGUAAUGUUGCUUGAAAUAAAAAAUGAUAUUUAAAAAUACACUGAUUUAAGGUUAGCAGCAAGCAUUUUGGUGAUCAUGAAUGCACGUACGCAACUCUUUGAACUAAGUAUGGAAGGCAGACAAGUCGAUGAAGCUGUAGCAAGUAUCUUUCAUAGUGUACUCUUUCAUCGUUCACUUGGCAAAUUUCAAUACAAACAAGAAGGUAGCUAUUCAGUGGGUACUGUUGGGUAUCAGGACGUCGACUGUGAUUUUAUUGAUUUCACAUAUGUCUGCUGUUCCUCUAUCCAUUUGGAUCAGACACUCAAACGUGAAAUUUCCGGAUUUAGUGAAGCACUUAGAUCUAAUGGCAGUCCAGGUUCUGGCCAGAUCACAUUAGAAUUUUUUCAAAAAAAGAAGAACCGUUGGCCUUUUCCACCCGAAUGCAUACCCUGGGAAGUUUGGACUGUUAGGCUUGAACUGCUCAAGCUCACAACAGAGCAUGAAAGACAGACUUAUCGUGAAAAAGUAGGUGAUCUUCUUACAGAUAAGAUUCUUUACAUAACUGAAGUCAUGAACCGUCACGAUUACUUGCCUAAAAUGCCUAAUCAAGCAGAGCUUGACCUCAUCUUUGAUACUUCCUACCCUGACAUUCAACCUUACCUUUUCAAGCUUUAUUUCACGACGGCAGGCCCAUCCACUAGUACCAUGGGCAAUACUAUGAAAAAACUUAUUAAAGAAACCCUUUCAAUUUAGUUGCUCUUCCAUUGAUCCAUAUUACCCGUUAAAUGUCAGCACUUGUCUCAUUGUGAAUAAUAAUUUUUACACAUGUAAUCCCUAAGUCAGUGUUCAAAUUCAAAUGUACAAUUUUAUCAUCACCUUUAUUAAUUAAUAUAUUAGUUAAAAUCUUGAAUUUGUAAUGUUAACUUAAAUUCAAAGAGAAUUUACUAGUGAUAUGUGAUUAACAAGAUUUCAAUAUCUGCGAAAAUUUCAGUUAAAUAGAUUUAUCAAAUGUACAGUAAAUAUAAUAUAAGCUUAUCGCAAAAUUUAUGUCUGUCGUUCAAAUAUUCUACAGAACGUAUAAAAUAUUUUUUUUUAUCCUAACGUUUUACAUAGCAAUUUUCAAAACUCGCCAUUGAAUUAUAGAUCAUUCAGAGUACAAUUUGCAGAAAACAUGAGCUUUCUAGUUUCAUUCAGAACAAAAUUAAGAUUUUUUUUGCAAAAAAUUACAGCAGUUUCAGAGUAACUGAGAUUAACUACACGCGUUACUUGAAGUUCUCCGCGCCGGAAAAAUUUACGGUUAUUCAGGAACUUUUCAUUCGAUUGAAACAUUACUUUUUAAAAAAUAGCUUGGAAAAAUAUUAAUAAUUAGCAAACUAAUGAAGUAAAAUUAUGAUUGCUUAAUCUUCUAUGGAUGAUAAUUUUCAUUCAGGUUUUCUGUUGGUUGUAGACUUUUUUUAUAAUGAAUAAUUGCUUUGAUAAUCAAAUGUUCACUAACAUUUGAAUAUACAUCAAUAAUUGUCCAUUUAUAAACAUGUUCUAGUGUAGUAGGUACGCUAGAGUCCAAUAUAUCGCCAUUUCAAAUGUCGGACUGCCGUAUAGCUUGUCUCAUAGUUGUCUUACAAAUUCUCAUUAUUUUUAUUUUUUGUUAUCGCAUAUAUAUAAGAUAAGUAAAGAGUAAAAGCGUACAAUCAAGUUACAGUAAAACGGAAAUGAUCUAAUUCUCCUCCCCCCCGCCUUCGCCCCUUACAAAGCUCGCGCAGUGACUUGAAACUGCAUCAAUCAAUCUUACAAUAAAUUUUCAGUGUAAGUAAAUAUUUGAAUUAUUUCAAAAUAAACAAUAAGAAAAUUUAAUGUUAAAACUGUGGGAUAAUAAAAGUCCAUCGCUUAAUCUUAAUAAUUGGAAGCGCAGCGAUUUUUUGUAAAAAAUAUCUUAACUUUGCUCUUAAUGAAGCUCUAGAGCCCACCUUUUUCAAAUAAUACUCGGAAUCAUCAGUAAUUCGAUGGAAAACAUUGGAAAUUGUCAUGAAAAAAAUAUUGGUUAAAAGAAAUAAUUUUAUAUGUAGUGCUAGAAAAAAAGACACUUAAAAGACAUUAAUUUUAAGAUAAAUAAUACAUAGAAAUGUUUUUCGUUCAAGAUUUGAAAAGAACAAUUUAAAACGUAUUGAGUGAUAUGUCAGCGACUAUUGUACGAUGUUUCUUUUUAUCCAAAAGUUAUGACUUUACAACUAAGCCUUUAUUAUGUAAAUAACAUUACUAUUCAUUUAUUUUUUUUAAAUAUGCGAAAUUUUAAAUUGAAAAAAUGUACAUAUUCCUACGAUUGAAACGUAUCGUUUGUUAUGGUUUUUUUCAAUUUUCUUGUAUGCAAAUUAAAAAAAAUUAUUGAAAAACGGAUGUAUUUUAAAGAUUUUUUGAUAGUAAUUGAUUACCUUUUUGACCAAUUUUUAUGAACAACAUCUCAAUUAUCUACAUAUGACUUUCGCAACAGAAAAAAGUGGCUUCAAUGAUUUUUUGCUAUUUUCUUAUUUCACUGUAAUAAGGUGGAAAUACGAAUUUUUAUUUUUUUACCAUUAUUUAAAUAAUAAUUCGUGACAAAAUUAAAUUUAGUUGUACGAUAGAAUUUGUUAUUCUGGAUCGGCAAAUGCAUUGUGUUUUUUAAAUGAAAUCUCAGCUAGGAAUUAAGUCACAAAAUACAACGUGCGAUAUCUAAAUUGCCUGGACUAAUUGACAACAACAGUGUAAAAAAUUGCGUGAAAGUAGACUUUAAUCGAUUUAUAAACGGUAAAUAAGUAUGUACAUUUUACUACAUCUGGUCAUUUAACUCAAUGAUUUGUAUUGCAAUAAAACUAGAAAAAUUAAAUUUUCUAGAAAACGGCAAAUAUAAUUUAUUAAACACUACAAAAUGCAUAUUACAUCUUAUGUAAACAUCAGUAAUAAACGAAUUAUACGAUUUGAUAAUACACUCGCAAUAGGAUAUAAAAUUGAAAGCUUACGAGUAAAUUAUAAAGCUUAUAGAAUAUUUUUAUACUCAGCGAUUAAUCUAUGGGUUAUACAUACAAAUGUGGAUUAUCACAAUUUUAAAUGAGAAUAAAUUUUCAUACGAUAUCUUUGUCAUUAUCAGUAGUUAAUGUUUUAAUUUAUUUGGAGAUUUUCUGUUCUUACAUAUUGGUCGAUCGAGAUGACAAUUUUAUGAUACAAGAAUCAGAAAAUUAUCUAUAAGAAAUUAAAUACAUAGAUAAAUUUGUAAAAUAGUUAAUACAUUCGUUGAUUUAUAAGAACGAUCGCGCGCGCGCUUGUGUGUGUGUGUGUGUGGGAGCGUGUAUGUAAUAUGAAUAUAAAUUUUCAAUUUAUAAAAUAUAAGUGAAAAUAAAAUGUUUCUUGUUAUACACGUUGCUUUUGACUAUACUUAUACAUACAACGACGACAGCAGA